AUGAGUACCAACGACAUGCUCGGUGUACCGCCGCUCUCAGGAACUUCGCAGCGGCUUAGUAAUGGGGAUGCUCAGCCCCCUUUGGCUGAGGCACCACUCACGGUUGGUGAACAGCGGGAGGCGGCUGUUACCCCACGCACGCCCUCGGUAGACCAGCAAGCAUCGCCCAAUUGCCCACACGCAUCCUCUGGGCUGGUGGAUGCACAAGACACCCGAGAGGUAGAUGGGCGUGGGCAGGAACCAAGUGAUCCGGGGAUGGACAGGGCAGUGGCGGCGUGGGAGGCGCAACGCCGGCACUUGCAGGAGCUGCAUAAUAGGCGGCGGCGCGAGCUUCCACUUGGUGCCACGGCAACAGAGUCGCCCGGCACUCUUGGAGCUUCAGUGGGUCCUAGCAGGGCUCCACUUGGACCGCGCUUGGCACGACGGCAGGAGCUGAGGCGUUUGUUGGUAGCUGGCACGGGCGGUCGGCAAGAGUGGGCGACGGCAGAGCAGGCGGAGUCGACAGCGGGGAGGCAGGAGGUGCAGGGGGCCCUGCUGGCGGAUGAGGGCCGGGAGUGCAGGGCAGGUGGGCAGCAGGGGGUGACGGAUGCAGGCCUGCCGGAAAAGGUGCUGAGGAGGCAGCCGAGCCGUCUGGCGGAGGGCCAGCUGGGCCUGCCGACAAAGGUCCAGGGGGAGUUACUCGAGGAGGAGCAUUGGGAGCGUGGGGAACAGGGACGGAAACCAGGGAGGGAGCAACCGGAAACGCUGUCGGCGAUGCAGCAGGGUCUGCCGGUGGCUGCAGGGGAGACUAGAGACAUCAAUCCCUUCCCGAAGGCACGAACGGGGGCGUCUCUAAAGGGAUGGGCUGGAGCUAUAGGGGAAACGGAUCAGAGAGGGCAGCAGCUGCGUGAGCUGGGCGCUCAGGCGCAGGGGCCCUUGGACGACCAACUGCCACGAGGCAAGGGCAGGAGGCGACGCGGAGGCCAGGGCAAGCAGCGGUCGGGCAAUCAGCAGGAUCAGCAGGCAGAGGGCGAGUUGGGGCGGCCGCUUACGAGCCAACGUCCGGGAGGCCAGCUGGUGCGACGGCGGCCACUGUCAGGGGAACAGGGAGUGACUGCAGCACCUGAGGGCGUGCAGCAGGCAGGGGGACAACAGGGAGUGACUGCAGCACCCCAGGGCGUGCAGCAGGCAGGGGGACGACAGGGAGUGACUGCAGCACCUGAGGGCGUGCAGCAGGCAGGGGGACAGCAGGGAGUGAUUGCAGCACCUCAAGGCGUGCAGCAGGCAGCGGGACAGCAGGGAGUGACUGCAGCACCCAAGGGCAUGCAGCAAACAGCGGGACAGCAGGGAGUGACUGCAGCACCUGAGGGCGUGCAGCAGGCAGGGGGACAGCAGGGACUGAUUGCAGCACCUCAAGGCGUGCAGCAGGCAGCGGGACAGCAGGGAGUGACUGCAGCACCCCAGGGCGUGCAGCAGGCAGCGGGACAGCAGGGGGUGACUGCAGCACCUCAGGGCGUGCAGCACGCAGGGGGGCAGCUGGGGGCGAGGGCAGCACUUCAGGGCGUGCGGCAGCGGCAGCAGCAGCAGCAGCAGCAGCAGCCCCCCCCGAUCCCUCCGGAAAGCCCCACACCGGGGGUUGCGGAGAAUUCAGCCACUCCUGACACGGCUCCACUUGCUCCAACUUGUGUCCCUUGCGAGUUCUGCUUUCACACAUUUCCGCCUGGUGGUGCGGCCUCCCGCCACAUAGUUGCAUGUAAAGCGGCAGAUGCUCAGCGGCGGGCUCAGGCCCUUACUUCCUCCCCGAACCUGAGCGAGGUCUUCGGGGCAGAUCCAGUACCUCCGCGGGAUAUCGGCGAGGAGGUGUGGGGGGCGGUGCCUUCGUGGGACUGGGAGACUUUUUUUCAGUAUUCAUUCUGUGUCGGGAGAGCUUCUUCGUCGGGUCCCGCAGCGGGCGCGACUGGGGGUGCUUGA